GGGCUGGUAUCCUACUAGUAGAGUAGCCAAUCAGCACGCGAGUUCACUCAUAUCCGUUGGUCGUGGGAGUAAUAAUCUUAAGAGUUGAUUAACACUACGACAUAAAGCAGAAGCGCAAGAUUUUUGAAGUGUUCAUCGCGGGCAAAACAGAAUCAUAAGGCAAGGAUGUUUACAUUCAUUUAUGCUUCUGCAUAAAAUAYUGCGAAUGGGAAUCGGCGCAAAAACAGGCAAAUUCUCGAGUGUGAAUAAUUUCUGCAUGUGCCGAAGUGUGAACAGGAUCAUGUUUCGACAUCAUUGCUGAUCAACUGCCAAUGUCUUAAUGAUUGUCAUGUUCUCAGUUUUAGUGAAAGAUAGUGAAGACAAUAUUCUUAUCGACUUAAUAUCACUAGAAGGUCAAGUUUAGGAUUUGGAAGGCAGURAUUGAGAAGCUUAAAGGUAGAAACGGUAAAGCGAGACCACACAAGCGGGCUUUAACAUGUCGGUCAAUUAUGUAUCAAUACUAGUCUUAAUGGGGUGAAAAUAUUCCUCUCGAGGGCACAGAAUCCCUAAGCCGUCAAAGGAUCGUUCUUAGGAUAAAAUGAAUUUUACCUCCUACAGGGUGAUAGGGGUGCGGUAGUACAGCUUUUAAAACUCACGUCAUCAAUUGUAUCGAAUACUGUUUGCAUUGUUUGGUUUUUACUGUGACGUUAGGUGAARUUUCAACCAAUUAAUCGACAUUGUUCCUAUUUGAAUAAAACUUUCAUCAGUACUGAGAGGAGAUUACUGAUUCCUGUAAAGUUUUUAAAGACUAGUUCGCUUUUUUUAUCGUUAACAUCCAUCGUGCUCUCCAGAGSUAGAGCCUGUCGCAAAUGUUGAGUAGAGUAGUAGAGCAUCUUGGAAUAAUCAUUGUAAAGGUAUCCAUCUAUCUUUGCAACUGAUAUCACUGUUUCACUUCCAAAAGUUUCAACUUGACAGGGAACUCUGCCGUUUCACAUGGAUUUUCUUCAAACUUCCCUUAUGUAAAGACUUCCUGUUACUAUCAGGAAAGCUAUAAAUUCAAGUUCAGGCUUUUAUUGAAAAAAAAAACUUUAAAAGUUGAUAUGAGAUUAGCGGGGCGGGGCUACAUAAGGUUCGAUCACGUAAAGUUUGCACUCUGAGAAGAUUCAAUCUUUUGGUGAGCUGUAAACCAAAGCGGCUCCAUAGGUCAAGGACUUAGCCCUGUCGUUAUAAUUGUACAAAGUUGGUCAGUUGAGUCUCUGACCAACAAUUGGCGGGCAAUUCACAUAGCAAUUGGCAAUACAGACUAGURUCUUUCACAGUCUUCACAGGCAGUAAUGCAAAACUUUUUCGAUUGGUUUCCUGGCUGGCUACAAGUUCAUAACAAAUGGUAAUUUAAAUUCGACCGCCAUUUUUCGCCAUCUCCGGUCCAUUUCCUUUCUUUAUAGUCUUUUGCCCAUUUAUUUGAGUGGUUGAUUGAUAAAAAAUGAAUUCAAACUAUAUUUUGGCUUUUUUAGUCUAGCGGUGAUGUGCAGCAAACACCAUGUCAUUAUUCCCCAUUCUGACUUAAGUCGAUAAGAGUUUUAUCUCGCGUCCCUCAUCUCACUCCUGUCAGUGAGCGAGAUCAUAAUUUGUUUAGAAUUUUUUUCCGAAAUUAAAGCAGCUAUCACAUAUCACGCAAUCGGCGUUUCUAUCGCAUAAUCCAGCGCAUUGUGACGAWCCUCGCGUGAUAUUCAAUUAAGAUAUUAUGUAGUGAUUAUUCUGAUUUAACUUCCCAGGGGUUACAGAAUUCUUCGUGAAUGCCGUAUAACAGUCUCGCUUUAUAGUUUCCUUUAAAAGAUAGUUGACAAGUUACUGGCUGCAGCACCAAAGGAGAACACUUCGUACCAAUGACGUCCAACGAUGUAAACCAUAACUCACCGAUGAAUCCGCAUCGCAAGCUGCACUCCGUUAGCCCAUUUUCACACGAUAAUACGUUUAACACACGCAACAACAGACCCAUUAUUUACGGUCCGGAAAAAAAACUGUGUACCAAGUACCGUUGGUUAGUAUUUCUUGUCUUGAGUCUUGUUGUGGUUGUUUUCGUGAUGACAGGACUUUUUCUCUGGCAAGUGCACUUGAGACACAAAUCUGAAGCUGCUCAGUCUAUUAAACAGAGUCAAAAGCCUUGUCAACGGUUACCAAAGCCCAUUCCUUUGCCUGAUUUGCGGCAAUUCCUGUCUAGCAAACUCAAAGAAAUGGAAGAGUUCAUCACCAAGAAAAAGUUUGGUGCGCUAUCGGCGAAUGUCGUYUACCGUGACAAUAUUAUCUGGAGCGGUGCGUUUGGGGUCAUUAGCAGAUCUGAAAAGCCUUCCAGAAAACCCAAAACCUCGUCGAUCUAUCCAUGUGCAAGCAUUUCUAAAGUUUUAACGGCUUUAAUAGUCUACAAGUUAUUCGACGAAAGUAAAAUUACGUCACUAGAUGACCCCGUUGUUAAGUUUGAUGCUGAUUUCAAGAUUAAGAACCCUUUUGAUCAGAAACAUAACAUAACUUUAAGAAAUCUUCUUGACAUGAGUUCAGGAAUUCCACGUGAAGCUCCAUGCUAUCCAAGCACAAAGAACAACCUUUGUCCGUACAAUCACAGCGUGAUGAUAAAAAGAAUCCAAAACUCAAGUUUACUGGUGGAGCCUAACACUAUAUUGCAAUACAGUAAUUUUGGCUACGCUCUACUUGGCAAUGUAUUAGCUAAAGCAUUUUCUGGAGGGGACUAUAACGCACUAGUCAAGAAAUAUGUCUUGGUUCCACUGGGAAUGAAGAAUACGAUGUUGGCGCUAAACUCGAAACAGCUAAAUGAUGUACCCAGAGCAUAUAUCGAUGGUAAACUUUCUUCGGUGGUCAACUGGGGCUGGCUCGACCCUGCUGCAGGUUUUUUCACCACGGUGGAAGAUCUAUCUAAGAUGGUGAUACAUCUAAUGUCAGAUAGCAAUAAAGAUCGAUACCUGUCAAAAUACACAACAAGACUUCUGUUUUCUAUUGCCAAUGUCAUGACCGAUGGUGUAACAAUUACUGGAACACCUUGGGAAAUGUCGCCGAUCGACGGUAUCGUACACAGAACUAAGGGCGGAUCAAUAUAUGGGUACAGAGCUUUAGUUGCAAUGGUUCCAGAAUUGCGAAUUGCUAUGAAUGUGCUUUGCUCUAAUUGCGAGGAAUUUAUAUACAGUUUGGUGCAAACGUACUUUGACGCCAAGAUUGUUCCUGUAUUAAGACAACAUUUAAGCAAACUUCAACAAAUGAAAAUAGUACUUCCACCAAAUUAUAGUGCGUAUGUUGGUACCUAUGUAACAAAUGACAUUCCUGAUCUCCGAUCAUUUGUCAUCGUCAAAGAAGACAAAAAGUUAUCGGCUUACGUGAACAAAGUACCAUAUUUUUAUCUUAAUUACACUGCACCAAGAACAUUCAAGGUGGUCAUCAACACAGACCAAAUGAGCUGUUUGAACGAGUACGUUAUUGCCAACGUAAACGAAGUUUUAGUGUUUGAUGAAAUCUCUAGCAGAGAUGACUUAUCGCACGGGUUUAUCGCAAGUGGAGCAAGCCCAUCAGGCAAAGCAUACCUUUACCGAGCACCAUCGAAGUAAAUAUUUAUAUGAUAUAGGCAUCAUCAAUUACUAUUACGUCAUAUCACUUGGACGUCAUCAUUCACGUCACGUCGAACCAUCGUGGAAACGUGCGCUUGCACGAUAGCAUAUUGUAAAUGGUGUUCCACAGGGAUGAGUUAUUGGACCGCUCACGUGGUUGCUAGUUAGUGCGAAUUACUCUAGAAGGUGAUGACGUUACUGAAGAUGAUGAAUAAUUAUCGUUCUUUCGCGUCUUCUGUUGUGAAUCAGGAAUGCAAUAUAAAAAUUAAAGACUGGUUAAAAUGUAAAAAUCGUAAACACAACAAUAUUAUUCCAUGGGUGUGUACCUGUUCAGUUUGGAACAAUUGYUGUUUAAAAUUAUAUGAAUCAAUAGAACUAAUAUCCCUUUACAAGGGGUAAAUUUCAGUGAUUGACACGACCACGCCCAAGCUCACAUGACUUUCCUUGAGUUCUUUCAAUCCCUUUUUUAUAAUUUUCAGUGCCUUCCUCAUAAUAUGCGAAAGUUUCCYGUAUCACUCGAAAUUUUCAUUUCACAACAUUCAAACCUGAAUAUUCGAAAAGCUUAAACGUUGAACAUAAUAUUUAUAAAAAUAUAAAUCAUAUUUUUAAAGGAUCUUUCUACUUUUUUAGCUAACGAUAUAAAAUAGUACUAUAGAUUGAAAAUGGGUUUAUAUYUGUGUGUAAUAAAAUUACUGUAUGCAUUUUUUUUUCAGUCGCUCUACCUUAGGUAAUACAUAUCAUAUAUAUUUUUUAGAUAACUAUAACACGAUUCAGUUAGUUACUGUUUUACUUAUUGUAGAUAUUGUAUAUAUAUGUAAAGCUCGCUUAGUCUUGCAUAAUUAGAGUAAAUUUCGUAUGAGUGGGAAACGUACGGUAAAAAUUACCGCACGGUUACCGCACAGUUACCGGACCUGGCCUGCACAAUUUUUGUGAACCAAUGGGGCACUAGUSCGGUUACAGUGCGAUUACGGUCACAGUACAGUACCGUCCGUUUCCCACUCAUACGAAAUCCGCUCUAGUAUUGGUAUAGACACUUAUGAUUAUAGAAGUUAUUUAUCUUUUAUUGUUACUCAAUAUGUAUCCAUAACAUUGUAAAUAGUUUCGAAAUAAUUCCUUACAUAAAGCCUUACUUGUUGACAUGUGA